AUGAGUUACGAGAAAUUCCGUCGUACUGGUGAAUUAUCUGACAUUACAGUUAUUGUCAACUCAACUGAAUUUAAACUUCAUAAAUUUCCAUUAUUUGCUAAAAGUGAUUAUUUUAAAAAAGCUGUUGCAUCAUCAACAAGUUCUGCUGUUGUUGAACUUAAGAAUUUUCCAGGUGGUGUUGAUGUUUUUAAUCAAUUAGCAGAUUACUUUUACUCAAUUCCAAUAUCAAUUGAUCAUAAAAAUAUUGUUCCACUUCGUUCAGCAGCUUGUUUUAUUGAAUGUGAUACAUUAGGUGCAUUACUUGAUGAACGUUUUGAUAAAAUUCUUGCUGUUGCACGAGCGAAAUGUGAUUCAGGUAUUCCAUUAGUAUUACUUGAACAAUGUGUUGGUGAAUAUCAACAAUGGGCAAAACAAGCACAUAUUGUUGAUAAAUGUCUUGAAGCUAUUCUUGAAUCAUUAAUUCAUGGUGCUAGUUCACAAUUAAGUAAAUCGGAUCGUGAAAUCAUUACUCGUUUACCACUUGAAUGGGUUAUUGAAUUAAUAAAAUUAUGUCCAACAGAAAGUAAACUUGCUUUACUUCCUUUCGCUAAACAUUAUUUAACUGCAAAUGUACUUGAACAAAAUCAAAAUUUAAAUCAAUCUCAUACGUCUCCUUCAACAACAACAACAACAACAACUACAACUACAGCUACAGAAAAUACAACUGAACAUCAAAGUGCAUUUACACCUGUUGCACGAAAAGAAGAUAUACCAUUAAAAACUGAUGAUGAAAAACGAGCAAUACUUGAUCAAAUUGUUAAAGAAUUAGGAAAUACACUUGAACAAUUACCACUUUCAUGGCAUAAUGCUGCUUAUGAAAAAGCAGUUGAGUUAAAAUGUGAAUGUGAACCAAUAUUAUCAUCAUUUAUUACACAAUCAAUUCUUAGUUCAUCUGAUCUUGAAGAUCAUAUGGAGAAUAUUUCUGAUGAUGUUAUGACAAGAUUAUUAGAACGUGUUGUGAAACAUAAAGAAGAACAUACGAAAGAUCCACAUUUAUUAGCAAGAUUAUCUUUAUUAAUUGAUUCAUAUAUUGAACAACUUCGUCAACGAGGUACAUUGACAAGUGAACAAUUUUUUAAAUUAGCAUCAUGUAUACCAAAAGAACAACGUACUUCACAUGAUAGUCUUUUACUUGCACUUGAUGAUAUUCUUAAAAACGAAAAAUCAACAGAAAUGAGUAGUACGGAAAAAGAAGAAUUACUUAAUCAAAUUGAUUUUUCACGUGUUAAUGAAGAAACUAUUGCUGCAUGUAAAAAUAAUAAACUUAUUCCACAACAUUUAAUUACUGAAGCAGCAUUAGCACUUUGUGCUAAAUUAAGAGUUCAAUUAGAAGAAACUGAAACUCGUCUACGUUCAGCUGAAAAUGAAUUAGCAAGAUCUCGACCAUCCUAUACAAGUUCAAGUUAUCGUACUCGUCAUUAUGAUGUACCAACACGUCAUGCAAGUCGUACUCGUACAACAUAUACAAAUAGUUAUGAAUUACCAAUAAGUACUUCAGCUUAUAGUUGCACAAAAUAUGAUAGUGAUAGUGAUUUAGAACAUGUUAUACCAUCGAAAUAUCUUGGCUCGAAUUUAAUUGGUCGAUAUGGUACUUAUUCUAGCUAUCGUUAUUAA